CCAUGGGAUUUCUUUGGAAUGCAUAGACUCAAUAUAAACAAAGAUGGCACACCAUACAUCUAAACUAUUACCCAAUUAUUUACUUACCCAAUUUUAAAUGACUACUAACGAACAUUUACCUUCUCCAUCUCCUCAGAGGCAGAGAGCUUUUUACGGCUUUGUGGUGUAUUUGUUAUCAUUAAUUGGUUUUGACUGUAAAAUUAGGAUAAUUAAUCAUUUUCCAAUUAUAGGACUGUACAUUGUUUGGGCCUAUGUGCCAGAUGAAUGGUUGCACUCCAUUGGCCUCACAUAUUGGCCUCAAAAAUACUGGGCUAUUGCACUACCUGUGUAUUUGUGCAUGAUAAUAGUGCUAAGCUAUAUUGCUUAUACUGGCUUAAUACUAAUCAACACAGCCUCUUUGACAGAUUUGAAUACCAUUACAGAUAAUCAUUCCCAUUAUGAAGACUUGACUGUUAUGCAUCCUGACUCAAUACCACCUUUGAGAGACAUGGAUAUCUCUGUUGUGAACCAUUUGUUGUAUCUCAACAGUGACUCCUGAUUGUUCCUGGUUUGACUGUAAGAGUACAAUUUACAGGAAAUUUUGCAAACAAUAAGCUUAGAAUAUUGAUUAUAGUUGUGUGAAAGACAUGGGAUAAUUUUUUUUGUAUUGUAUAUAUUUCAAAACGUUUUUUCAAAUUAUUAUGUUAAUUUAUUUUUGUUAACUGACAUGCUAGUUUUAAAGAGAUGUUAAUAAUUUGGAUAUCAACUUGUAAUUUCAUUUGCUGAUAAAAACAAAUAUUUUUCCUGAUAUAACAUUUAUGACUUGAAUUAGGAAAGCAUACAUAUAUUAUCUUAUCUUAUGUAAUACUGAUGUUACUUCAAAAAAAGAUUACAUCCUACGCAUCAUGCAUUUAGUCAUGCAUAUUAACCAAUGACUUAAAUUCUGCCAAGUCACUUUUCCUGGCUUGCUCAGGCAACCCAUUCCAUGCUCUAAUAGCACUAUGAAAGAAGGAGUAUUUGUACAAAUUUGUCCUAGCAUAUGGGACGAGGAAUGUGCCUUUAUCAUUGUGUCUUUCAGAGUAUUUUAUUAAAUUUUGUUUUUGAAACCAGUAUGUAAUUUUUAUUUCAUGCAAGUAAUAUGCCAUAUGGAUUAUUAUUUAUAUAAAUAAAAAAAAACAAGUGCU